AUAUAUCAUCAUGUUAUAUGAAAUGAAACAAGUGAUUUUCCAACUCUUAAAACCCUACCCACAAAAACCUCUCUAUCUUGAAGUGAAGAAGAAGAAGAAGAAGAAGAAACUUUCUCAUUUCUCUCACAAUCAUUGCCAUGCCCACAAAAAUCUUCUUAUCACAACUUCGUCUUCUUCACUUCCAACCAAUGAAACUUCACUCUCCUCAAUUUCUAUCUCAAACUCUCUUCAAAUUCUCUCAUCUUCCACUCCAAAACGCUGCGUUUCGUCCUUUCUCUGUUAAACCAGAUAGAAUUAGGGUUUCCAAAAGUCUCGUCGACGACGAGGCUGAGCUUAGUAAUUGGGUUGAUGAUUUGCGAACCGGUCGAGCUGAGACCAUGAAACCUGCUCAGAGAGUGAGUUCUGGUCGUGAAACGGGUGAUAGAGAGGGUGGGUUUCGGCCACGAAAGAGUAGUGUUAGUAGAGGUUCAGGUUCUAAUUUUGUGAAGAGAAAACCUAAUUUGAAUUCGAAUUCCAAUAGAAGAUUUGGAUUGAGUAGUGAUGAUGAUGGAGGUGAUAAUGAGGUGGUUGAAAGAGUGGGUUCUGGUCGUGAACCUGUUGAUAGAGACGGUGGGUUUCGGCCACAGAAGAGUAGUGUUAGUAGAGGUCCAGGUUCUAAUUUUGGGAAGAAAAAACCUUAUUUGAAUUCGAAUUCGAGGAGAAGAUUUGGAUUGAGUAGUGAUAAUGAUGAUGAUGAGGAGGAGGUGGUUGAAAGAGGGAAGUUUAAGGGUGGUGGUGGUUCUGGAAGUAUUAGUGAAUUUCUUAGUGAAGAUGAUGUUGAAGGAGAAACAGAGAGUGAUGAUGAUGAUGAGGAGGAGGAGGAGAUAGUAAAGAAAAGUAGAAGUGUUUUGUUUGGUAAACAAAAUGGGGUUUCAACAACUCCUAGGCCUGUUUCAUCUGGUGGAAGUGAUUCUUAUUUAAGUGAUUCUAGAUUCGAUCAAUGUUCAGUUUCACCGUUGUCAUUAAAAGGAAUCAAGGAUGCUGGAUAUGAGAAAAUGACUGUUGUGCAGGAGGCAACACUUCCAGUAAUUCUAAAAGGUAAGGAUGUCCUGGCCAAGGCUAAAACAGGCACGGGAAAAACAGUAGCCUUUUUGCUUCCAGCCAUUGAAGUUGUUGUGAAGUCUCCACCAACUGAUCGUGAUCAAAGGCGGCCACCAAUUUUUGUUCUUGUCAUAUGUCCUACUCGAGAGCUUGCAUGUCAAGCUGCUGCUGAAGCCACUAAACUGCUUAAGUAUCAUCCUACCUUAGGUGUUCAAGUUGUGAUCGGAGGAACAAGACUUGCUUUAGAACAGAAACGCAUGCAAGCAAAUCCUUGCCAGAUCCUUGUUGCUACCCCUGGAAGGCUUAGAGAUCAUAUUGAAAAUACUGCUGGUUUUGCAUCUAGGCUUAUGGGGGUGAAAGCCUUGGUGCUUGAUGAAGCUGAUCAUUUACUGGACAUGGGAUUUCGCAAAGAUAUUGAGAAAAUAAUUGCUGCAAUCCCUAAACAACGACAAACACUUAUGUUUUCUGCAACCAUUCCAGACGAGGUGCGUCAAGUCUGUCAUGUUGCUUUGAAAAGGGAUUUCGAAUAUAUUAAUACAGUUCAAGAGGGUUCUGAGGAUACACAUGCACAGGUCCGCCAAAUGCAUUUAGUUGCACCAUUAGACAAGCAUUUCCAUUUACUCUAUGCUAUUCUGAAGGAGCACAUUGCAGAUGAUGUUGACUAUAAGGUUCUUGUUUUCUGCACAACUGCUAUGGUCACAAGACUUGUUGCUGAUCUCCUUGGGGAGUUGAACUUGAAUGUGAGAGAAAUCCAUUCAAGAAAGCCUCAGAGUUAUAGAACUAGAGUUUCUGACGAAUUCCGGAAGUCAAAGGGUCUCAUCCUGGUUACUUCAGAUGUAUCUGCACGUGGAGUUGAUUAUCCAGAUGUUACUCUUGUUGUACAGGUUGGCGUGCCGGCUGAUAGAGAACAGUAUAUACAUCGACUAGGUAGAACAGGGAGAAGAGGAAAAGAAGGGCAGGGCAUACUGCUAUUAGCUCCUUGGGAAGAGUUCUUCUUAUCUACGGCAAAAGAUUUGCCUAUUGGGAAAGCUCCAGUACCUUUAGUUGAUCCUGACACCAAGAAAAAGGUGGAAAGGGCUCUAUCCAAUGUGGAGAUGAAGAAUAAAGAAGCAGCAUAUCAGGCAUGGCUUGGUUACUACAACUCUAACAAGAAAGUGGGGAAAGAUAAGUACAGGUUAGUCGAGCUUGCAAACGAGUUCAGUCGAUGCAUGGGUCUCGAUACCCCUCCAGCCAUAUCUAAGCUUGUCCUCGGCAAGAUGGGUCUUAAAAAUGUCCCUGGUUUACGUUCCAAAUAGGUUAUUUAUUCAUUCAAUUCAAAUUCUUACAAGUCAGUUUAUGUGAGAGAGAAAUAUUCUUUACAUACAAAUUUGAUUUUAAGGACUUGAUACUUCUAAAUUUCAAAUAUGUUGCCAUUUUUGUGUGUAUCUAUUGUAGUUCUAGAUGAACAAUCAUUUAACAACAUAAUGCAACUAGGAAAUGUCAGUUCCAGAUGAAUUUGUGAUGUGAUUUACUAUGUUGCAAUUGUUCCAGCUUUGGAAAAAUAUGUAUUCAAUCAUAUAAUUUAUGAAUUAAACACACCUUGUAUGUCA